AUGCGGUUCACACGUCUACCCGUCCUUGCCAACUUCGUCCGACACAGCGCCAUCAGUCAGCGAUAUGCUAGCUCCGUCAUCAAGCCCAGAGAAUUCGACAAGGUGAUGGUUGCGAAUCGUGGAGAGAUUGCGAUUCGUGUGUUCCGUGCGCUCACCGAGUUGAACAAGACCUCUGUGGCGAUUUAUGCGGAGCAGGACAAGAACUCAAUGCACCGCUUGAAAGCUGACGAAGCAUAUUUGGUUGGAAAAGGAUUGCCACCAGUUGCCGCCUAUCUUACCAUCGAUCAGAUUAUUGAGACCGCCUUGAAACACGACGUUGAUGCCAUUCAUCCCGGAUACGGUUUCCUCUCGGAGCGCUCGGAUUUCGCGCAAGCUUGCAAAAACGCCGGAAUCGUGUUCAUCGGCCCAAGUCCCGACGUGAUGGCGCGAAUGGGAGACAAAGUUGCCGCGAGACAAGCCGCAAUUGAAGCUGGUGUCCAAGUUGUGCCUGGAACACCGGGACCGAUCACAUCCGCUCAGGAAGCUGUCGAGUUCGCCAAACAAUAUGGGGCGCCAAUCAUUCUCAAGGCCGCGUAUGGUGGCGGGGGACGCGGAAUUCGCCGAGUCGAUAAACUUGAAGACGUCGAGGAAGCGUUCAGACGAUCGUAUUCGGAAGCGCAAGCCGCGUUCGGAGACGGAAGCUUGUUCGUCGAGAAGUUUGUUGAGAGACCAAGACACAUUGAAGUCCAGCUUCUUGGAGAUCAUCACGGAAACAUUGUGCACUUGUACGAGCGUGAUUGCUCUGUGCAACGUCGUCAUCAGAAGGUCGUCGAGAUCGCACCGGCACCAGCACUACCAGACGGUGUUCGUGAGAAGAUUCUCGCUGAUGCUUUGAGAUUGGCGAAACACGUCGGAUAUCAGAACGCCGGAACCGUCGAAUUCUUGGUGGAUCAACGCGGAAACUACUACUUCAUUGAAGUCAAUGCGCGUCUUCAAGUCGAGCACACGGUCACUGAAGAGAUUACCGGAGUCGAUCUUGUGCAAGCUCAAAUUCGCAUCGCUGAAGGAAAAUCGCUUGAUGAUUUGAAAUUAUCGCAGGACAGCAUUCAAGUCAACGGAUCUGCGAUUCAAUGUCGUGUCACCACCGAAGAUCCAGCUAAAGGAUUCCAGCCAGACUCGGGAAGAAUCGAAGUGUUCCGUUCAGGAGAAGGAAUGGGAAUCCGUUUGGAUUCGGCUUCAGCGUUUGCCGGUUCCGUCAUCUCGCCGCAUUAUGAUUCGUUGAUGGUGAAAGUGAUCGCGUCGGCGCGAAAUCAUCCAAAUGCGGCUGCCAAGAUGAUUCGCGCUUUGAAGGAAUUCCGAAUUCGCGGUGUCAAGACAAACAUCCCGUUCUUGCUCAAUGUGCUCACACAGCCGAAAUUCCUCGAUGCUUCCGUCGACACCUACUUCAUCGAUGAGCAUCCGGAGUUGUUCCAAUUCCAACCGAGUCAGAAUCGUGCUCAGAAAUUGUUGAACUACUUGGGCGAAGUGCAGGUGAACGGACCAACAACUCCAUUGGCUACUGAUUUGAAGCCGGCCGUCGUCAGCCCGCCAAUUCCAUACGUUCCAGCUGGAGCCAAGCCGCCAACGGGACUUCGCGAGAUUCUUGUCAAGAAGGGACCAGAAGGUUUUGCGAAAGAAGUCAGACGACACAACGGAUGUUUGAUCACUGAUACCACAUUCAGAGAUGCGCAUCAAUCGCUUCUCGCCACUCGUGUUCGCACCUAUGAUCUUGCCGCAAUCUCGCCGUACGUUGCUCAAGCGUUCCCAAAUCUGUUCUCGCUUGAAAACUGGGGUGGAGCCACUUUUGACGUUUCGAUGAGAUUCCUUCAUGAAUGCCCAUGGGAGCGACUUCGUCUUCUUCGCGAGAAGAUUCCCAACAUUCCAUUCCAGUGCCUUCUUCGUGGUGCCAACGCGAUGGGAUACAGCAAUUAUCCGGAUAACGUAAUCUAUAAGUUCUGCGAACUUGCCGUCAAGAAUGGAAUGGACGUGUUCCGUGUGUUCGAUUCAUUGAACUAUGUGCCAAACUUGCUUGUUGGAAUGGAAGCCGUUGGAAAAGCUGGUGGAGUCGUUGAAGCCGCCAUCGCCUACACUGGAGACGUUUCGGACAAAUCGCGCGAGAAGUACGGUCUCAAUUAUUAUCUCGAUCUCGCUGAACAGCUCGUCAAGGCGCAAGCGCAUGUGCUUGCGAUCAAGGACAUGGCCGGCGUGUUGAAACCGGAAGCCGCCAAGAUUCUCAUCGGUGCUCUUCGCGACAAAUUCCCAGACAUUCCGAUUCAUGUUCACACUCACGACACGUCGGGAGCCGGAGUCGCCGCGAUGCUCGAAUGCGCCAAAGCUGGAGCUGAUGCCGUCGACGCAGCUGUCGACAGCAUGAGCGGAAUGACGUCGCAACCAUCGAUGGGAGCCAUUGUUGCUAGUCUUCAAGGAACCAACUUCGACACGGGAUUGAGUCUUGAUGAUGUAUCGAAGUACUCUGCGUAUUGGGAGUCGGCUCGUCAGCUCUAUGCUCCGUUCGAAUGUGCCACGACCAUGAAGAGCGGAAACGCUGAUGUCUACAAGCACGAGAUUCCAGGUGGACAAUACACGAACUUGCAGUUCCAGGCAUUCUCACUCGGACUUGGAAAUCAAUUCGAUGAAGUCAAGCGCAUGUAUCGUGAGGCCAAUAUGGUCCUUGGCGAUAUUAUCAAGGUGACACCAUCGUCAAAGAUUGUUGGCGAUUUGGCGCAAUUCAUGGUGCAAAACAAUCUCACUCGCGAGACUCUUGUGGAUCGCGCCGAGGACUUGUCGUUCCCACAGAGUGUCGUCGACUUUAUGCAAGGCAACAUUGGGCAACCGCCAUAUGGAUUCCCGGAGCCGCUGAGAACGAAGGUGUUGCGAGGAAAGCCGAAGGUUGAUGGACGACCAGGAGCCAAUGUGCCAUCAUAUGAUUUCGAUGCCGCCAAGAAGAAGCUCGAAGAGAAACACGGAAGAAAAUUGAGCGACGAGGAUGUUAUGUCGCAUACGAUGUUCCCAGCCGUGUUCGACGAAUUCGAAGGAUUCCGUCAAGUUUAUGGACCGGUCGACAAGCUUCCAACGAGAAUCUUCCUCACUGGACUCGAUAUUGCUGAAGAAUGCGAUGUUGAAAUUGAAAGCGGAAAAACGUUGGCGGUUCAAUUGUUGGCUGAAGGCAAAUUGAACUCUCGUGGUGAACGCGAGGUGUUCUUCGAUCUCAAUGGACAAAUGAGAAGCAUCUUUGUAACUGACCGUGAAGCUAGCAAGGAAAUCGUGACGCGUCCACGCGCGCUUCCAGGAGUUCGCGGACAUAUCGGUGCACCGAUGCCGGGAGAUGUUCUGGAAUUGAAGGUGAAAGAAGGAGACAAGGUCACCCAAAAGCAGCCGUUGUUCGUUUUGUCGGCGAUGAAAAUGGAGAUGGUGAUCGAUUCGCCGGUUGCGGGAACUGUGAAAAAGGUGCACGCGACGCAAGGAAUGAAAUGCGGCGCUGGAGAUCUUGUGAUUGAAAUUGAGCCAUAA